AUUGUUCGCUGAUAUAGCGAAAUGGUAAGUUCGAAGCCCCUAAAAGUUUUGAUUCAUCGUAAAUCCUGUGUAGUGGCUAAAACUAUUGUUGUGCAAGUGUUUACUUCUGGUUGAAAAAAUCAUGGUGCGAAUCCCACGUGUUUGGUUAUUAAUUCGUUAAAAUUCGUGAUAAUGUGAACGUUUCACUUAGUUUCUAGUUCUCCAAACUACAAUAAGGAUCUAAAAACUUCAAAUUUAUAUACAUUUUGCAUACACAAAGCUCCCGGUGAAAGAGUCUAUCAGUUGCCCGACCGCUUGUGUCGGUCUACUCAGAGAAGAGCGAGGUUGUACCUGGGGCCUCGCUGCCUUUACCAUUCGUAUUCAAGGCGCCCAUCAGGCCUGACCUUGUCAACGAUGUGCACGUUUCCAUGUCUAAGAAUGCACGCCAGCCAUACUGUGUCAGCAAGGAGGCAGGUCAUCAAACCAGUGCGGAGUCUUGGGGCACCGGUCGUGCUGUUGCUCGUAUUCCCCGUGUGAGGGGUGGCGGUACUCACAGGUCUGGUCAAGGUGCGUUCGGUAACAUGUGCCGCGGCGGUCGCAUGUUUGCCCCCACGAAGCCGUGGCGUCGCUGGCACCGGCGCAUCAACCUGCGCCAGCGACGGAUCGCCACCGCGGCCGCUCUGGCCGCCGCUGCAGUCCCCGCCUUGGUGCAGGCCCGCGGUCAUGUGAUCGACAAGAUCCCCGAGCUGCCCCUGGUGGUGUCUGACAAGGUGCAGGAGAUCAACAAAACCAAGCAGGCGGUCAUCUUCCUGAGACGCAUCAAGGCCUGGUCCGAUGUCCUUAAGGUAUACAAAUCGCAGAGACUGCGCGCCGGCAAGGGAAAGAUGCGUAAUCGUAGGCGCAUCCAACGCAAGGGACCCCUCAUCAUAUACCACAAGGAUCAGGGUCUCACUCGUGCAUUCCGCAACAUCCCCGGUGUAGAAACCUUGAGCGUUGAGAAACUGAACCUCUUGAAGUUGGCUCCGGGCGGACACGUGGGCAGGUUCAUCAUUUGGACACAGGGCGCUUUCGACAGGCUCGACGCCCUGUUCGGUUCAUGGAAGACACCAUCUAAGGAGAAGAAGAACUUCAACUUGCCGCAGCCCAAGAUGGCCAACACUGACCUGAGCCGUCUGCUCAAAUCCGACGAAAUUAGGAAGGUGCUGCGCGCCCCCAAUAAGCGCGUAGUUCGCGCAACCCGUAAGCUGAAUCCGUUGACCAACUCGAGGGCUAUGCUGCGGCUCAACCCUUACUCAGCUGUAUUGAGAAGGAAAGCGGUUUUGGACCAACAGAGGAAGAACAACCAGAGGGCGUUGGCACUCGCCGAGAAACGAGGCAUCAAAUUGCCGGAGUCUGACCCCGCUGUCAAGGCAGAGAAACUUCGUUUGAGGAGAGGCAAGGCUAUCAAAGCCGCUAUGGCAAAGAAACCCAAGAAGCCGGCUGCUAAGAAGACUGCCCCUCCACCACCCAAGAAGAAGGCGGAAAAGCCAGCGGGCAAAGUGGCCAAACCUGCUAAAGUUAUUAAACCCGCUAAGUGAUGGCACAAUAAAGUUAUGUAAUAAUAUGUACCA